GCUUAUUGAUGAUCCUUGUUUGCAACAUUUCUUGUGUGUGCAAAUGUUGCGUGCUUUCGCCAAGUCUCCUCUCUCCAUCCGUGACCUUCCCUAGUCCAAAAAAGGAAUAAAUUUCUUACGAAACAAACAUCGCGGAGAGCGAGAGAGGGGGUCCGGAAAACGAAAGAUUCACAAGGAGUGCAUGAGCAUCGCGAGGCGUUGCCGGCAGCAUUUGUCAGCGGUUUCAUACUGGAUCCGGCUGAGCGAGCGUAGAGUCCCUUUUCCGUGCAGCGUGGAGAACGGAGCAGUUCCGCCUUCUUCGCUUUAGCGUUGUUCGAGUCGCUUUGGUCAAGUUGGCAUAGAGCGGAUCCCGGAGAGGCUCACCAUGUCUCACAUGAGAACCACCACCCGAAUCAGCGUGAAGAACGAGGACUGCUGCAGCAUCCCGGGGCUUCUCCGCGUCACCGAGACGGUCUUCGGAUCGAUAUGCCUGGGCCUGAUGCUGUACUACACGAGCUACAAGGGAACCAACUCCUUUGGCAUGUUCGGGCAUGAGAUGUACUUCAUCCUGACGGCGUUCGGGUGCUUGCUCUGCACCUUCUUACUGCUGGUCUCGUCCUGCUGGUCGUUCACAUCUUCGUCGCUGCUCUCCCGAACGUCCUUCGAGAUCCUGUUCCACCUGGUGGCGUGUGCGCUGUACCUGGCGGCUGGCAUCACCCUCCUCGCAAAAACCCUGGACACCCACUCGCGCUACAAGGGAGAGGUCUACGAUGCCAAGAUAGCCGCUGCUGUGUUCGGCAUCAUGAACGGGGCCUUGUACCUCCUCGGUGCUGUGUUCUCCUUCCGCAUCUUCAGACAGGGAUGAAGCUUUCAUGGCCAUCGUGGUGUCAUAACCGCACGCCCUGCCUUGUCGCUUAAUGUAAAAUCACUACACACGCUUGUUCAUCAAUACUCAUGUUGGCGCCACUGCCACUGUAGCUUGCUGUAGCUCUCUUCAUGUCCCUGUAGCACAAAGGGUAAGACGUGGUGUGCUGUUGCUCACCCGGAGCUUCUUGUUCUGUAUGUGCGGAAGCAUUUCUUCUUUUGUCGUGGUGCCUCGUAGAAGUUCGUAUUCGAGAAGUUGUAUACCUGGUCACUGUCUGACGGGACUCUACGUAGCUACACGUGCAGAACGUGUAGCGGAGGCUGUGCCUUGAUGAAACCAAUGCUUAAUGGGCCAUAAGAAAUUGUCGGAGGCAGCCCGAUCUGCCCUGGCGGACAUUUUGCCAACCCAAUUUAUCAGCUGGUUCUAUACUGCCAGGAUUUCAAUCAACCCCACCAACGUGUUGUGAAAGCCAUUUUUGGUUACGUUACAGUACGUCGUUACACAGGCUUCAAAGUACAAGUUCCUUUUGUUGUUACAAUCAUGAGCAAUAGAAUCGUAUUUAUUGACAACGCCAGUAGGAAUCCUAUAUGCAAGCUAGUUGUUGUAUUUUCUCUGUUGUGCCUAAUAAAUCUUGACCAUUA